CCGCACCUCAUCACUAAAUCCUCAUAUUAUCUCAACGAUUUAUAUUUUUUCUCUGUGUUUCGGUAUCUUUUUAUAAUGUCUACAUUGUCUAGCUUAGUGGAGGCCCGAAACGAUAAGAAGCGGGUCCGACUUGACUCGGACGAGUUUUCCGAGUCGGACUCCCCCGAGGUGAAGCGUCUCAGGGAAGACCUUCUGGGGUUCCUCGACGACAUGGAGCCCGAUCAGACGAUUCAGGACCUCGACUCGGUCAUGAAGAGCUUUGAGGAAGAAAUAUCUCAUGCUUGUACUUCAUCGCCGGCGCCGGUUGUCGACCUGACGUCGGAUUCCGGCGAGUCCCAACCGGAGCUCGGAUACCUUCUGGAAGCUUCGGACGACGAGCUCGGUCUGCCGCCUUCUGGAAAUUCUUUAAGCGAGGAGGUGGUGAAGAACUCAGAGACCGACUUGGGCCGGGUAUCGUCCUAUUCGUCCGGAAUCGGCGAGAUUUGGGGCUUCGAGGAUCAGAUUCCGAGUUAUUACUCGUUCGAGUUUGGUGCCGGGAACGGGUAUGACAAUACUAGCGAGUACGUGGCGUUUGAUGGGUUGUUCGAGCACUCCGACGUGUAUUUCGAUUCGUCCGAUGCUUCGGACCCGUUUUGGCGGCAUGAAACUUUGCCGGCACAAUAGUAAACCAAAAAAGAAAAAACCGAUGCCUUUCGGGCUCCCGGAUUAUAUGCGACUCGAAGUUGUAAAUUUUGGUUUUUGUUCUUUAUUUUUUUUAUUUUUUAUAACAAAAAAAGCUAAAGGAAUAUAUGUAGGACUAGAAUGUUAUGAAGAUGCAUAUCAAGAACGCCUUCAUUCAAGCGAAACUGUUUCUAUCUUCCUGAAUCCCUGAACCACGUGGGACAGAUCUAUUUUUAGUAAAAUGGUUGAGGCCUAAGGGGGAAAAAAAAGUCCCUAUAUUUUUAGAA